CCGCCGCACCCGCCGCGCCAGCCGCCGGUGAAGUGAAGAAAGAAAAGACGGCCAAGGAGAUCGAGAAGGAGAAGAAGAAGGCGGAGAAAAUGGCCAAGUUCUUGGCCAAGAAGCAGAAACAGCAAGCCGAUGCCCAGAGCAAGCCUGCUGCGGCCAGCAAGCCCAAAAAGGAGAAGAAACCCGCCGCGGAGCCCGUGCCGGAGUGGAACGACACCACGAAACUCGGCGAGAAAAAGGUCAUGGCGCCUUUGGACGACCCGGCUUUCAAGGCGUACAACCCCAAGAACGUGGAGAGCUCAUGGUACGCGUGGUGGGAGCAGCAGAAGUUUUUCGAGCCCAGCUUGGACGGCGGCGAGAUCAAGUCGCAGGGUGCCUUCACCAUUGCCGCUCCUCCACCCAACGUCACCGGCGCGUUGCACAUUGGCCACGCGUUGACGUUUGCCAUCCAGGACAGCUUGAUCCGCUACAACCGCAUGAAGGGUAAGACCACGCUCUACUUGCCCGGCUUCGACCACGCAGGUAUCUCCACGCAAUCGGUGGUGGAGAAACAGGUAUGGAAGACCGAGCAGAAGACGCGUCACGACUACGGGCGCGAGAAGUUUGUGGCCAAGGUCUGGGAGUGGAAGGAGGAUUACCAUGCGCGCAUCAAGGACCAGGUCAAGCGCAUGGGCGCGUCCUUCGACUGGUCGCGUGAGGCGUUCACGUUGAACCCAGACCUCUCGGCUGCCGUCACGGAGGCCUUUGUGCGUUUGCACGAGGACGGCACCAUCUACCGUGCGCUGCGCUUGGUCAACUGGUCCACGAAGUUGAACACGGCAAUCUCCAACUUGGAGGUCGACAACAAGAACGUCGCGGGCAGAACCUUGCUCUCCGUGCCAGACUACGACGAAAAGAUCGAGUUUGGUGUGUUGACCCUGUACUCGUACUGCGUUGUGGGCUCCGACGAGAAGAUCACGGUUGCCACCACCAGACCAGAGACCUUGUUCGGAGACACUGGUGUCGCUGUGCACCCCAAGGAUCCACGUUACACCCACUUGCACGGCAAGUUUGUGCAACACCCCUUCUUGGACCGCAAAAUCCCAAUUGUCACGGACGCAGAGGCUGUGGACAUGGAGUUCGGAACAGGUGCGGUCAAGAUCACGCCUGCGCACGACCAGAAUGACUACAACACCGGUAAGAGACACGGCUUGGAGUUCAUCAACAUCUUGACUGACAACGGUUUGUUGAACGAGAACUGUGGUCCUGAAUGGCAAGGAAUCAAGCGUUUUACUGCUAGAGCCAUGGUCAUCGAGAAGUUGAAGGACUUGGGCUUGUACGUCGACCAAAAAGACAACGAGAUGACAAUCCCCACCUGCUCCAGAUCGGGUGACGUCAUUGAGCCUUUGUUGAAGCCACAGUGGUGGGUCAGACAGGAGGAGAUGGCCAAGGAGGCCAUCAAGGUCGUCAAGAAUGGUGAAAUCACCAUCUCGCCCAAGACCUCUGAGAAGGAAUACUUCCACUGGAUGGAGAACAUCCAAGACUGGUGUAUUUCUAGACAGUUGUGGUGGGGUCACAGAUGUCCCGUCUACUUUGUGGUGGUCGACAACGAGGAAGGCGACCGCUUGGACAACAACUACUGGGUCGCUGGUAGAACCUACGAAGAGGCCUUGGAAAAGGCCAACGCGAAGUUCCCUAAUGUGAAGUUCACUUUGGAACAGGAUGAGGACGUGUUGGACACCUGGUUCUCCUCCGGUUUGUGGCCUAUUUCUACUUUGGGCUGGCCAAAUAACACCGAGGACUUGAAGCUCUACGCUCCGUUCUCCAUGUUGGAAACCGGCUGGGACAUUUUGUUUUUCUGGGUCUCGCGUAUGAUUUUGUUGACGUUGAAAUUGACAGGAAAAGUUCCUUUCAAGGAGGUUUUCUGCCAUUCUUUGGUCAGAGACGCACAGGGCAGAAAAAUGUCCAAGUCCUUGGGUAACGUCGUGGACCCAUUGGACGUUAUUUCCGGUAUUUCAUUGGACGCCUUGCAUGACAAGUUGAAGUUAGGUAACUUGGACCCAAGGGAGAUCGAGAAGGCUGCCGCGGGUCAGAAGCAAUCUUACCCCAACGGAAUUCCCGAGUGUGGUACUGAUGCCAUGAGAUUCGCCUUGUGUGCAUACACCACUGGUGGUAGAGACAUCAACUUGGAUAUUUUAAGAGUUGAAGGAUACAGAAAGUUCUGUAACAAGAUCUACCAGGCUACCAAGUUUGUUUUGGGCAGAUUAGGUGAUGACUAUGUUCCACCCGCCUCCUCCGCCAAAUCUGGAAACGAAAGCUUGGUCGAGAAAUGGAUCUUACACAAGUUGACCGAUGCGUCUAAGGCCACCAACAACCAUUUGGACAACCGUGAGUUCUCGGAGGCCACAUCCGCUGUUUACAACUUCUGGUACGACUUGUGUGAUGUUUACAUCGAGAACUCGAAGGCCUUGAUCCAGGAGGGUACGCCUGAGCAAAAGAAGUCUGCCCAGGACACCUUGUACACGUGUAUCGAUGGUGCAUUGAAAUUGAUCCACCCAUUCAUGCCAUAUGUCACCGAGGAAAUGUGGCAAAGAUUGCCUCGCAGAGCGGGCGACAACGCUCCUUCAAUCACCGUGGCCCAAUACCCUGUCUAUGAAGAGAACUUUGACGAUGUCGCCUCCUUGGAUGCCUACGAAUUGGUUUUGAACAUCACUAAGGGAGCCAGGUCCUUGUUGUCUCAAUACAACAUUUUGAAGAACGGCCAGGUCUACGUUGAGACCAGCGAUGAGACCGUCAGAUCCAUCUGUAAAGACCAAAAAGACUCCAUUGUGUCUUUGAUCAAGGGUGUUGAGAAGAUCGACGUUCUUGAUGCGGGUGCAGAAGUUCCUAGUGGCUGCGCUUUGAACGGUGUCAGUGCUAACACUAAUGUUCACGUAAUGGUUAAGGGCCAAAUCGACAUUGACGCUGAGAUCAGCAAGGUCAGCAAGAAGUUGAGCAAUAUGCAAGAGUUGCAGAACAAGUUGAAGGACUCCAUCAGCAAGUUCACGGACAAGACCAAGCCCGAGGCCAAGGAGGCUGCUUUCAAGAGAGCAGAAAACUUCAAGGCCGAGGCUGAGGGGUACGAGCAGACCAUCGCUAUUUUGGAGAAGUUGAAGCUCUAAGUGUGUAUAAAUAAUUGUAUAGAGAUACGGAAUUUGAAUAGUUCGCUGUUUUUCUUGGCUUGGUUUUGCAUCGUGUAGUCGGAUCAAUGGCAGAAUUCCAAACAGAACCCGG